AUGCCUCUUCUUUCUGACGUCCUCGCAGGAGCUCUCAAUCAAGGCGAAAGGUUUUUUUAUGAUUAUCGGCAUUUUUUACGCGACCCUUGGUUUCAGGAUCGCGAUAUCGACUUCAAACUGUUGACAGAUUGCAUUACACCUAUAAUACCACGGGGCCGACUAUGCCGGGAUGAAAAAUGGGAUGUCGAAGAAAGAGAUGUGGCACGCAUCUUUAUAACUCAUCAAAUCCAGUUGCUGUCCAAGCUUAUGGAUUAUUAUAAAAACAAGAGUAAGACUGUAUCAUCAGACACGUAUCUAUCGGCACUCACUAACCAUAACUUUCGGGAUGGGCUUUUAGGGUUUCCUCAUGUUGCACUAUUUCGUAACGAUAAAGAAAGAGCUUUUGGCUUUAAGCAAAUCGAAGAAAUUAGAGGGCACUAUCUCAGAGACACCUCUUAUAAAUUAGAAAUGCCCGGCGACGAUGAUGCAGUUAUGGGAAUGCUCAGGCUCAUUUCUCUACUUGCUGAAAGCUCAGUUGCAACAGGUUCUACGCCGGUUGAACAGCUAAUGGCUUCGGGUGCUCGAACAACCCCUGAACGAAGAGGCCGCUCGGAUCGCCCCCGCGAGACACAAGAUCCUAUCCCCAGACAACGUCGCCUGAGUCGUUCUCGCGAAAGACGAGAUCCCGUCCCUAACCGAAAUCGAUCAGAUAGCCCUCGUAGGAGGCGAGAUUCUACACACAGACAAGGCCGCCUGAGUCGUUCUCAGGAGGGACAGGACUUUUACCCUCAACGUGGACAAAGUCGUUCAAAUCGCCCGAGUCAUUCUUACGAAAGACAGGAUUUGAACCCUAAACGUGAAGGAGGUCGUUCGGAUCGCCCUGACGAGAGACAAGAUGCAGCCCCCCAAGAAGAUCUCCCUACUCCUCCUCUUAGGAUCCAAAUUAAAUCAGGUGACAAUAUUCGAGUGACUUUUCGGAGCUGAGUUUUGCAAGAAUAUUUGACAGCCAGGGUCGAAGAUUGGAUACCAAGCAAUGGCCGUCAGACGAUAGGGAAGCAGUUUAUUAACACUACAUGUACACAAGUCAGAGUGCGGUAAUUGUGUUUCAAUUGCCGGAAAGUGGGAAGACGGGACUGUUCAUCGAAUCUCUUUAUAAGUAGGAAUUACAUGUUGUAUAGAGUAGGCGCUGAACAUGCUAUCACAUAAAUUGUCUAACUACAAUUGAGAACAUAGGAUGAAU